AUGCCAGAAUUUCGCAAUUCCUUGAUCCUGGCGGCUUAUAUCAUCAUCUUCCUCACUGGUCUCCCCGCCAACCUCCUGGCCCUGCGGGCCUUCGUGGGGCGGAUCCGUCAGCCCCACCCUGCCCCUGUCCAUGUCCUCCUGCUCAGCCUGACGCUGGCGGACCUGCUGCUGCUGCUGCUGCUGCCCUUUAAGAUUGUGGAAGCGGCAGAUGGCCUCCAGUGGCACCUGCCCGAGCUCCUGUGCGCCCUCACUGCCUUCGGCUUCUACAGCAGCAUCUACUGCAGCACCUGGCUGCUGGCGGGCAUCAGCGUCGAGCGCUACCUGGGAGUGGCCUUCCCGGUGCAGUACAAGCUCUCGCGGAAGCCUGUGUACGGCGUGAUCGCGGCUCUGGUGGCCUGGAUCAUGUCCUUCGGCCACUGCAGCAUCGUCAUCAUCGUCCAGUACUUGAACUCGACCACAGAUGGGAGCACCUUCGUCUGCUACGAGAACUUCACCAAGGAGCAGCGCGACGUGGUGCUCCCGGUGCGCCUGGAGCUGUGCCUGGUCCUCUUCUUCAUCCCCAUGGUGGUGACCAUCUUCUGCUACUGGCGCUUCGUGUGGAUCAUGCUCACGCAGCCCCACGUGGGGGCCCAGCGGCGGCGCCGAGCCGUGGGGCUGGCGGUCGUGACCCUGCUCAAUUUCCUGGUGUGCUUCGGACCUUACAACGUCUCUCACCUGGUGGGGUAUCACACCGGGCAAAGCCCCGCGUGGCGAGUGGAAGCCGUGGUGUUCAGUUCUCUUAACGCCACCCUGGAUCCCCUGCUUUUCUAUUUCUCGUCCUCGGUGGUGCGGAGAACCUUUGGGAAGGGGCUGCAGAUGCUGAGAGAUCAGGCCUCUUCCCUGAUGGGAUGCACGUGCAGAGCGUCUGCCGAGGGGACCAGUGGGGACAGGAGCGUGAACCAAACGGAUGCGGCGCCCAGUUCUGAUUUCACCACAGAAUGA